AUGAGUGUGUCUGAAAAUUAGCAAUAAAUAUAUGAAGAACUAAUGGUAAUGUUAUUGAUAUUCUAUUUCAGGAUAAAAUAAAAAAAAAUUCAGAAAUAAGGGAGAAAUUUGAUAGCAGAACAUAAAGUGGAUUAUUAGAUAAGGAUUAUGCUCAUGAAGUCUUGAUAGAUUGGAGCGAUUUACUAAAUUAUGACCUAAGUGAUGCGAUAACUUAUUUUGAUCUCGAUAAUCCUGAUAUUCCUCCUGAAGAGAUCAGAUAGCACCUAGAUUUUGACAGUUUCACUAAUCUUGUCAACAAAUGGUUAUAGAAGCAAUUAUUGCAAACAUCUCCCAAAUAAAAACAAAGUACAAAUCAGGAUCAGUAUUGGUUUAAGAGUGAGCCUGGAACACUCAACACAGAACAGAGUGAUUUAAAGCAUUAAGAAUAAUUAAUAAAAGCAAUUUUUGAGACUCAAGAAGCCAAGACCAAGAAGGUAUUUAAUGAGUAUGCAAUGAUGAACGAUCAAGCUGACACAAUCAGCAAGUAAGAUUUUCCUCUUUUGCUUAAAAAUUUGUUAUAUCAACAUAAUGCAUCGAUUUAUGAGAAAUCUGGUUAAGAGGAUUANCUUAAAGAAAUGGAAUAGAAAAAGUUGGAAAUCAAAUUUAUAGUGGAUAGAAAGAAUUUAGACGUUAUAGAGAUUGAUAGAUUGAAAAAAUAAAAUUAAGAAAAUUAAGAAGUUAUAUUAAGUAUGUAGUAACAAGCCGAGAUAAUUGAAGAAAAAAAUACAGCAUUAUAAUAGUAAUUUAAGGAUUGGGUAAAAGAUAACUUAGAUCAAUUUUUGUCUUUGAUUUAAGAGGUGAAAAUAUGA